GCACGGGCACGGGCACGGGCACGGGCACGGGCACACACACCCAGCCGCUGCCGCCGCCCCCAGCCCGCCCCGCCGGCCAUGCGCGGGGGGCUCAGCGCAGGGACGCCGCGGGGGUGAUGCCAGCAGGAGCCCGGGAUGCCGUACUUGGACCGACAGAACCGGAUCUGCGGCUUCCUGGACAUCGAGGAGAAUGAGACGUGUGGCAAGUUCCUGCGGAGGUAUUUCAUCCUGGACACGGAGGCCAACUGCCUGCUGUGGUACAUGGACAACCCCCAGAACCUGGCCAUCGGCGCGGGCGCUGUUGGAUCUCUGCAGCUCACCUAUAUCUCCAAGGUCAGCAUCGCCACCCCGAAACAGAAGCCGAAAACUCCCUUCUGCUUUGUCAUCAAUGCUUUAUCCCAGCGCUACUUCUUACAAGCCAGUGACCAGAAGGACCUGCAGGACUGGGUGGAGGCGCUGAACCGGGCCAGUAAGAUCACGGUGCCAAAGGGCAGCAGCAUCCCCCCAGCCACAGAGAUUGCAAAGGCUCCCGUGGUGCCCCAGGCCCAGGAGAGGAAGCACCAGGUUGCCUACAAAACUGAGAUCAUCGGGGGGGUGGUGGUCCACACUCCCAUCUCCAUCAACCAGAACGGAGGGGCUGCAGGGGAGGGCAGUGACGCGGCCGCUCACCCGCUGCUGCGGCGCUCGCAGAGCUACAUCCCAGCCUCGGCCACCAAAGCGCCCGCCGGGCCGCCCGUGCUCAAGAGCGGCUACUGUGUGAAGCAGGGCAACGUGAGGAAGAGCUGGAAGCGGCGCUACUUCGUUCUGGAUGAAUUCUCCAUCAGUUACUACAAGUGUGAUCAGGAUAAGGAGCCUCUGCGUUCCAUUCUCCUGAAGGACGUCUGCAAGACACACGAGUGCCUGGUCAAGUCUGGUGACCUCCUGAUGCGGGACAACCUCUUUGAAAUCAUAACGAGCUCCAGGACCUUCUACGUUCAGGCAGACAGCCCCGAGGAGAUGCACAGCUGGAUCCGGGUGAUCACAGGGGCAGUCCAGGCUCUGAAAACCCGCCCCAGGGAAAUGUCCUUCAUGAGAUCCACGUCCAUGGUCAAGGCCGGCGGCUCCUCGGCCGCGUCCCAGCAGCGUCAGGCGGCAGAGGAGAGGAGAGCCCUGUGCAAAGCCCCUUCCACGUCGUCCUGGCAGCCCUGGACGCCGGUGCCUCGGGCAGAGGGCAAGCAGGCGGCGCCGGGGGAGAUGCCCAGGCCGAGGGACUCGCUGUUCCUGCCGGGCUGCGGCGAGCACGAGGCCGGGGCCGCGCCGGGCAGGCGCCUGCGGCACAGCUCGGAGCCGCAGCAGCUCAAGGAGAAGCCGUUCGCCUUCGGGCUGGACGAGGACGGCGUCCGCACGUCCGACGUGUGAGCGGGGCCGGAGCCGCCCCCAGGCUCCCUGCUCGUGGCCGCGGCGGCUGGGGGUGAAACGGCCCCUUCCCCCCAGUGCUGCUGCUCCCUGCCCUCCAGAACCCGCCUGGAGCCGCGUCCCUGCGGCCUGCUGUGCCCGGAGCACGGCGCUGCUGCUGCCUGGCUGCGUGUGGCGGACGCGGAACUUCCACCCCAAACCGAGCCCGAAGAACCACGUCUCAGGGGCCCGAAGGGGAACGUGACCUGCCUUGUGUCUCCCUUUCACGCUGCUCAGCCUUCCCUGGGCAGAGCUGCAGAGAGACCAGCCUGCAGCAGCGAGCUCGGGGACACGCCGUCGCCUCCCGUUUGGUGGCUUUUCCCUCGGAGAGCGGCUCCUUACGCUGCCUGAAGCCCAGCCCUGGCACGUUCCCUGCUCAGCCCCUCCAAAGGCUUUGCUGGUGCUGUCUGAGCUGGUGUGAUGGGGGGCAGGAGGAUCCUCAGGCACGGGGUUGGUUUUGCUCUGCCUACCCCUGGGCACCAGAAAGCUGAGCCUGGGUGAAGUGCUUUUAGCAAAAGGCAGCGGGAGCCGAGUGUUUAAUGGAGCUGGGAAAGCCCAGCCACCUCCCCUGCUGCUGCCUGGAAGGACAGCAGAAGCUCUUAGAGCAACAUGAGCUGAUUUCCAUCACUAAAUCAGAGAAUUCAGGUAUUCCCUAGGCAGCCAAAUUGACAUCUUCACCCCAAGGAUGAGUGUGCAGCCCCUGGGUGCUGAGCAAGGCCACCCUGCCACAUCCUUGCUGCUUUGAGGGCUCUUGCCCUGAGUGCUGGCUGAGCAGCAGUGGCUGGGCUGUUGUCAGUGUGCCAGGGAAGGCAGCAGCACACGUUUGGGUGGGAAAGCUUUAACCCAGAACUGCAUUAAGCUGAGAUGAGAGCGAGGGAAGGCAGCCCUGGCAUUAAGCUGCUGUGUUCUGUGGGUAUCCCCAGCCCUGGCACGCUGGGCAAGGCUGCAGGAGGUGCCUGUGGGGUUCUACGUGCCCAGCUGCAGUGGCAGCCCCACGUCAGACACAGGAGCAGCCUCUGCCGCCUCAGCUGAUGAAUCCAAGAGGCUGGUGUGGGGGCUGCAUGGGGAGCUGAGCGCUGCAGAGUGCUCUGAACGAGGUUUCUCUCUGUUGGGGCCUAGUUUAUUCUUUAUUAUUCCUCUUUCCCUUUCUCUUUUUGGCAUUAUGUGUUCCCUGCUCUGCAAAAUCAGCUCCACGUGCUCCCCAGGAGCAAAACAACCCCCUGGCUGGUCCCUGCCCUUCCAGCUCAGGCUGGGCCUGGCAUCCAGAGGGGCUUUGUCACUUGAGCUCUGCAGCGUUUCAGCCCUUCACAAGACUCAGGUUGUGUCAGUCUCAGUGCAGGCAGGGCCAGCUCCCCCCAGAGCUUCAGAGGGGCGCUGUGGAGGUGCUGGGUCGAGGGCAGAGCUGGAAGCCAUGUGAACGGUACAGGGCAAGUGUUAAUAGUUGUUAUUUAACUGUGGAACCCUAGAUCCUGCUGUUCCUUUUUGCUUUAUUUGCACUAGUGUUGGAAAGCUCUGGGUUGGGGUUGUUUCUGUUGAAGGCUGACUUGCUGUUUGGCUCAUCUCAACCCCGUUGUAGGUCCGUUGAGCCUCUGGCUCGCUGCGUCCCGGCGUGUGGUGACAGCUCUGCCCUCGUUUCUGGGGAUCAUCACACACAGGGGGCUGCUGGUGACUCUGUGCAAGGCUUCACAACCACCCAGUACCAACUGUUUUUAUUGCUUGGUAAUUACAAAGGCUCCUCAGGCCUGGGAUGGGAAAGCAGAAGCUUGUUGCACAAUUAGGGUUAAUUAUCCAGGAGGAGAAACUAGCAGUGGCUCCGGUGCUGUCGUAACACUGCUGGUUCCCAUUCCCACCCUCCCUCAGCACAAAGCCUGGCUCUGAGGCUCUAACAAGUGUGUUCUUUGCAGGGAGGAAUCUCUCUCCCAUCCCAGGGGCCAGGCACAUGCAGCCAGAGCUCGCUGGGAGUUUGCUUUCUGUAAAGCAAGGCGGGGUCCCCUCAGCUCUGCGUUUGCCUCCCAGCUCUCCCCUGUGCCGUGCUCCCCGCUGGCCCAGGGAUGCUCCAGGGCUCUUGUGUGGAAGGGAAGGUGGGACGUGGGUUUGUUCUUUACUGUGGAAACUUCCCCAGUGGGCUCAGCCAUUUCUCUGAGUCCUGGCUGUGGGUUCCAAGUGCUCUUAGGGCCGAGGUGCCCAGCGUGGGCGAUGCUCUGUGCCUGCCCUGCUGUCAGUGCCCCCCUCCCGCCCCUCACCUGCAUCUGCUCCUGCAGGGGCUGGAACACCCCUCUCUGGCCCCUCUGUGGUUUUAAAUAAAGAAGGAAACCCCAGUUGCUUUUC